AUGGCUGACACAGCACGCCACUUGAACGCUCUACUCUCAGCAUACGACCUCACCUUCUGCAAAGAUAGACGCUUACUAUCCGCAGCCGUGCAACUAGGCAACAUGCUCUACACCUUCUUCGACACGCCAAACCGCCUGCCAAUCACGCACUGGAACUCGACAAAAGCCACGCACGGCGAGACUCAAGAAACAGCACAAGAGGCUACAAUCGCAGACCUAACAUCCUGCAACCUCGCCUUGACGCGAUUAUCCCAACUCACAGGAAACAUGCGCUUCUACGACACAACAACACACAUCACACGCAUGCUAGCCUCCCAGCAAAAUGACACAAAAAUCCCCGGUCUCUGGCCCUCAUCCAUCAACCCGACGACCGCAGAUUUCACAUCCACCAACGCAUUCACCCCGGAUACUCUGUCGCACGCCCACCUAGCGCAAAUGUCGCUGCUGUUGCACCAGUACCACCCGUCCACACCCCACGCGUCUAUGCUGCAAACAGCGACGGAAGUGACGAUACGGGAUAUACUCUUCCGCCCCGUCACACCAACAAACGAGUCUAUCCUCGCCGCCUCCUCUGCGUAUACUAUUGUUCUGCCAAAGACGAAAAAGCGACAAGUCACGCUCACGCACAACAUGACCGCUUCUUCCUGCUCGCUCGGCGGCACACUCGCGCUGUCCGCUGCGUUGAGCGAUGGUGACGAGAAGGCUAGACUGCUUACCUACGCGCGGCUACUCACACAGGGAUGUAUAUGGAUGUCGCUAAACGCCCCGCCCUCUUCUUCAUCUUCUCAACACACCGAUGUCAAGAUGAUGCCAGAGCUCUUCUCGGUGCUAGCCUGUUCGUCGUCUAUGCUUGAUAACAUGGAUGAGGACUGCUCGUUUGAUCCGACCGUGUGGCGCAAACAAGAGUACCCUGGCUUUGAAGUUGUGUUUGAUCCGAAAAAGCUGGUUAGGCCGCAGCUGAUUCAGAGUGUGUUUUACAUGUGGAGGGUGACAGGGGAGAGGGAGUGGCUGGAUGUGGCGUGGGAGAUGUGGGAGACCGUUGACGAGGUUAUUAGCAAGGGGCUUGGUCAUGGUGGAGACGACGAAGAGAUGAGGAUGGUGGUGCAGACGCUCAAGUACUUUUACUUGCUGUUUAGCACGCCGAGUGAGUUGAGCCUGGAUGAGUGGGUCAUGGGUAGUGAUGGGCAUGCAUUCAGUAUCGGCGCAUGA